AUGGGCUGCGUUCAGCGGACUCAACAGUUGAGUGGUUCUUCUAGUCAACAGGCAGAACUUGUAAACAGUGAACAAGCAGAAUUAUCUAAUGGAAACGAAUCUACAAUCACAACUGUGACAGCACCACCUACUAUCUUUGCUACAAAAGAUGAGUUUGUUAGAAUCUGGUUUUCAUGGAAAAAUGAUUUCUUUGCUUAUUUAAAGAAUAUUGACAAAGUUGAAGACAAAAAACAAAUGUGGGGUUUCAUGCUUUUAAAUCGUAUGGGUCCCAUUGGUCAAGAGAUUCAUAGAACAUUUCAUUUCUAUGAAGAAGAUAAAAACGCGAUGGAUAUAGACAUAUUAAUUAAGAAAUUUGAUCUCUAUUGCUUAUAUGGAGAUAAAAAAAGAGGCAAUGAAGAUAUCGACGAAUACAUACAUGAAUUGAAGUUCUUCGCUAUAGCGCAGGAUUAUAUUGAUCCUACGAGGAUUGUAAAAGAGAAAAUUAUACAAGACAUGAGUAUCCAGCGGUUCACAGGAAAAGCUGCGCUUCUCAUAGAAAGUAAAGGAGAAAACUUGAUACCAUAUUUACAAUCACUAGAUUUGUACCAUAUCGCUCUGUUCUGGAAACAAUGUGAACAUUUAAUGACACAAAAAAUUGAUGAAACACCGAAGCAGAAUUCUACCUCUGCUAAAUCUGCUACAACAGAGUCUACACCAAUAGAACAGAAUCAAAAGCAAUCUACUAUUUGGGGACAUCGAUGUCAAUUAUUUCUUUCUAAAUUAUGUUGUGUCCAUUGCAAUAAAUGUAAACAGUUCAAUCAUUACACGAAUAAUUAUAAAGAUAAAUACAUAUAUGACUGUACUAAAUGCGGAAUGAGUCAUAUUCAAUUACAUUGUCCAGCAUAUGGCGAACUGUGUAUGAAAUGCGGCGAGAGGAAUCAUUUUUCGAUGAUGUGUCGGGUUCCUUUUAAAAUAAAUUGCUCUAAAUGUGGUAUGAAUCAUGCAAUAUCAAAAUGUCCAGCACAGGGUCGAAUAUGUCAUCAUUGUAAUAAAUUGAAUCAUUUGGAAGAAAAAUGUCCAGAUCAGCCAAGUGUGUUUGAACAGAUACAAAGUGCCUAUUGA